CUCAAAGAAAGCCACACUGCAGUUUAAAUAACACUUCUUCAUUCUUCGCAACUGAAUUUUCCUUGUCAGCUUACCACUAUACUUCUGUACCACAUUCAACCACUCAUAACAUAAUAUACUUUCAUCCACUCAUUUAUAUCCCCCACCUUCUUACUAUUAACUACCUCCACCUCCACCUCCACCUUUCCACCUUUCCACCUUCCCAUCUAACAAAAUCACAUUCUAUACACAUACACAUACAUAUAUUCCCCAGUUCUAUUUCCAACCUCUAACCCCACCACCAAAAAAUCAACCCAACCCCCAAAAAACAAAAGAUCCAAACCAAAAUGUGCCAAACCCUAACAACCACCCACCCUCGCUGCGGCUGCCUCACCACAAAAUACUUCUCCGCGUGUCGUCUCCGCUUGCGAGGAAAAUGCACCCGUCGGGAGAUGGUGUUCCUCAACGCAAAGGACAACAACGGGGUAUGUGGGAUGUGUAUCGGGAUGGAGGAGAAGAGGGAGAGAGUGAUGGGGUUAAUUGGGUGGUUGGAGGGGAGUUAUUUUGAUGUGGAUUUUGAGUUUGAAAUGGUGGAUUUGAGGUUGGAAUGUGAAGGGGACGAAGGUGGGGAUGCGGAGAAGGAGGUGAUGACUACGAGGUGUGAUUUGUCGAGGGUUUGUGAUCCUGUUUCUCUUUUGAGUGGGAUUGUUGCUGGGAGUGGUGGCGGUGGUAGGUCUGGGUUGGGGGUAGGGAAGGGGAAGGCGGGGGAAAGGACGAGGAGAAAGGUUCGAGGGCCCAAGAGUACGAGGAGGGUGGUGGAUGGGGACAAGGAGAAAGCGAAAAAGGGCAAGUGAUCUAGAUCCGGUUACAGGCUGGAAGUGCUACGGAGGUGGGGGCUCAACGGCAUCAUGUCUUAAUCCUAUACUAUUACUGUAUCACAAGUGAUUCCAUUCCACCCACUGCUCAUAACGCCGUGUUGAGUCGUUCCAGACGCGAUGUGAUAUUCUCGAUGAUAGCAGACUCGCGCU